AUGUCUGUACCAGACGACACGAACCUCAAAGCCCUACUUCUUCUUUCUAAGGAGAGCCUUCUGGCACGUGCUCGCGAAAGCCUUCCGAGAGGUUUGCCCGAUAACGAACUGGCUGAGUUAGUCGCGCAAAUGAUCAGCCGAGACAAGCCGCGAGGUGAUAUAGAAGAGAUCGCACGCAUGAUGCUAGAUGUCCUUGCAAGGCGUGAUGCCCAGAAUGAUGCCCUUCACGGCCUCGCUACGAAAAAUGACACAGCAGUCACAACAGGUGAAAAGGAGAUCGAGGCCAAUUAUACGUCAGGUACACAGACGGCUGACAACACUGGCCUCGUCUCGAACGUAUCCAAAGAGACGACAAAAGAUAAAAGUCCUCUGCCGACGCGAAAGCGACUCGCUAGCGAGCGAUCCCCUUCCACCAUCGAAGAGACUACAAGUACAAAACGUGCAAAACAUGAAGAUGCUCUUGAUGAUGCCAAGAACCCUGUAACCAACCUCAUCGCCGAACACUUCGAUAUUGAAUAUCUCUCUGAAUCAGACCACAUCGACACAUGGAAAGAUAUGUUAACGAGUCCACAACGCCACCUCAGCAAGCCAGGGUGCGUCGGCCGGGCUCUCAAUGAGGAAGAAGAAUUUUUCCUGGAUGAGAAUGCCAUGAUCAGUAACAUGACAGCGUGUGGAAACUGCAUCCAUCAUAAGCGGAUCUGUGCCCGCCUGGUCAAUUUCCGGAAAUCAAUCAAGCUUGUCUUCUUUCCCUUGCCAUUCGAAUUACGGGGCGUUGAUGAACCAGAAGACCCGGGUUACUGGAUGCUGUUGUAA